CAGAUGGUGCGCAUGUCCGUUUUAGCCGACUGCCUGAAGACGAUCGUCAACGCAGAGAAGCGGGGGCGCCGUCAGGUCCUUAUUCGCCCUUCUAGCAAGGUGGUUGUAAAGUUUCUGCAGUGCAUGCAGCGGCGCGGCUACAUAGGUGAAUUCGAGAUUGUUGAUGAUCAUCGCUCCAAGAAGAUUGUUGUAGACCUCCUUGGGCGCAUCAACAAAUGCGGUGUCAUAAGCCCGAGGUACGAUGUGAAAGUAUCAAACAUCGAGAAGUACUGCUCAAACUUGCUGCCUUCUCGACAGUUCGGCCACUUGGUGCUCACAACCGCAUACGGCAUUAUGGAUCAUGAAGAGGCCCGCAGAAAGCACACCGGUGGAAAGAUCCUCGGAUUUUUCUUCUGA